AUGCAGCUCUCCCAGAUGCAGACUCAGGCGCCUGCCGGCGGCGCGGGCGUGACGGUGGCCGAGCGCCCAUCGUCAGCGGCUGAUGCAGCGCCGGCGCCUGUACCCGAGGUGCCCUCCGGCGGCGACCCCUGGGAGGACCCCAAGUGGCAGCAGUACAAGUGGACUGUGUACCGCGGCACGGCGUACGACCUGACCGCCUUUGUGGACAGGCACCCCGCGGGCAGCUGGCUCAUCAACCUCGCGCUCGGACGCGACUGCACCGCGCUCUUCGAGUCUUACCACUUGAGACCUGAGGUUGCCGUGGCGCGCCUGCGGCGCCUGCCUGUCCUGGAGGGCUUCCCUGUGCACGCCGUCCCGCGCUCCCCCUACCCCAACGACAGUGAGGUCUACAACGCGAUCCGCGACCGCGUGCGCAAGGAGGUGUUCAAGGGGCAGGACGUCAACGGCGCGCACCGCAGCGGCAGCGAGGGCGCCGCGCUCGCCGUGCUGGGCUACACCGCCGCGUCGUACGCGCUGUACCUGGCGGCGCCCAACGUGCUGACGGGCCUGCUGUUUGGGCUCGGCGGCGCGUGGAUCGGGCUGACCGUGCAGCACUGCGGCAACCACGGGGCGAUGAGCACCAACGCGGCGGUCAACGGGUUCCUGGGUGUGUGCAACGACCUCGUGGGCGGCUCCUCCCUCAUGUGGCGCUACCACCACCAGGUGUCCCACCACAUCCACUGCAACGACGACGCGCUCGACGAGGACGUGUUCAGCGCCUUCCCCAUCCUGCGCUUCGACGCGCGGCUGCCCAGGGCCUGGUACCACCGCUUCCAGCACAUCUACAUGUGGGCGACGUUCCCGCUGCUCACGCUGGUGUUCCAGAUCGGCGACAUCCAGGCACUGUUUGAGAACAAGACCCAGGGCGCCACCCUCUACGGCGCCACCAACUUUGAGCGCGCCACCGUCGUCAUGGGCAAGCUCAUCCACUACACCCUGCUGCUCGGCCUCCCCUGGCUCCUGCACGGCCCCGCCGCAACGCUCGCCGCCGCGGCCGCGUACUCCGUCACCCAGUCCAUCGUCCUGGCGUCCACGUUUGCAGUGUCCCACAACGUCCCCGAGGCCAAGCCCCUGGACGGCGGCGUCCCCAAGGCCACCCUCUACGACACCGAGCUCGCCAGCCGCGACUGGGGCGUGCAGCAGAUCGUGACCAGCGCCAACUGGGGCGGCCUCGUCGAGCACCACCUCUUCCCGGCCAUCUCGUUCAUGCACUACCCCGCUAUCUCCAAGAUCGUGGCCGAGGAGUCCGCCAAGCGCGGCAUCCCCUACGCCUACUACCCCACCCUGCCGGAGAUCCUCGGCCGCUUCGUGAGGUACAUGAAGGAGGUGGGCGCCGCCGAGCAGCUGCCCGCCAGCGGCGCUGCGUCCGCGCAGCUCGCAAGGCUGUGA